AUUGGUAAUGGUUUCAACGAUCGCUUCCAAGUCUCGUUCUGGCUCCGUUUGCUUUUAUAGAACGCAGCUAUAAUUUGAGGCUAUGGCGAGUUCCGUGGACCUCAAAGUUGUUAUCCAACACAUCGUAAACGGUACAUUGGCAGAUAAUUUGUGUUUAGUUUGCUUGAAGCCGCUGGACCAGCUAAAUGAACAUAUUUUGACUACAAUAUGCAAGGAAGGCAAGGAAUAUUGCAUAGCAGACGUCUUAGAGCAGGUUUGCGACGUGAAGUUUUCAGAUAUAAUUCAAUACAGAGUAUGUUCAGAUUGCUUUGUAACAGCAUCAGCCGCCUACAAGUUCUUUCUAUCAACCAAGCGGAGUCAAGAGAUCCUAAAUUUCUACACAGAAGAACUGCAACAGAACAUGGAUUUUAUCAAUACAGAUUUGCAAAACUCUGAAGAUUCAAUCUGUAUCUCAUUGCCAUUAUUUGCUCCAAGUGUUGAUGCAUAUGACUAUGAUUUAGAAGGCCUAGCGCUCCAGAAUAGUCGUGAAAAUGCUGAUGAUCAGUCAGAUAGUGAAAAACAUAUUUCUGUUACCAAAAAGGAAUGUGAAGUAGUGGUAAAAAAGGAGGUUAUGGAUGAUGAGGAAGAGAAUGUCAUUGUAGUCAUGAAUGAUAACAAUAAGCCAUCCUUUUUAAAAUCUCGAGAUGGAAGUUACGUAUUAGUUGAUAAAGUUGAGGAGAAGAAGUAUAUGAAAAUUUUUGGUUAUACGGAUAAAGUUAAAGUGGAAGUGGAGGUGGAGAAAUGUAAGCAGCGGAGGAAGAGAAGGCCAAUGACAUACAUGUUCUGCAGCCAGUGCCCGGUCAAGUAUCGAUUUGGAGCUAAAUUAAAGGAGCACAUGAAAACUGAACAUAACAUUGAUUUGUUUGUUUGUCAGGUAUGCAAAGCCACAAUGGAAGACGAGCAAGAGUUUAACAACCACCUUAAAACGCACACCAACACACACAUCUGUGCGAUCUGCAACAUGGUCUUCAAGAAGCGGGACACCAUCAUCUCGCACCUCAAGCGGCACGAAGCUACACAGAGCUCUGUGACUGGCUCCCAUAUCUGUGAACUCUGUGGACAGGUUUUAGCAGAUGAGGAGCAUCUGAGACAGCAUUAUGAGAAGAAACAUGAUAAGAAGUAUACGUGUUAUUAUUGCGGGAAGAUGUAUAAGGGAGAACUUAGUUUUGAUAGUCAUAUUAAGAAGCAUGAGGAUCAUUUGAAUGGGAAAAAUGCGAACGUAACCCCAGCCCCAAAGCCUCAAGAAAAACCCACGAAGAAGAAGGAGAAGAGAUUCCACUGUGACCUGUGCGGCGGCAACUUUGUAGAUGAGCGGGCCCUCAUGUGGCACACAAGACUGCAUACUAAUGAGCGGCCGCAUAUAUGUGACAUCUGUGGUCGCGGCUUCGUCUCAGUGAACCGCCGCAAUCAACACGCUAAAUGUGCCCAUUCUGCACCAUCGCGCCGCUGUCCGCUGUGCCCAUCGCUAUUCCACCUGCGGUCCAUGGUCAACACGCAUAUCAAGAAGGUACAUCUAAAAGCCCACAAGCGUCGCAACCGCACGUCUAAAUAUCAAGAAGUGUACUGGCGCACCGAGCCUGUGCCCAUACAGGAGCUCAGCGUCUCCAUACAAAACGAGAUUUUGGAGCUUAAGGCUGCUCAAGAGAACGAGGUCAAAGGGUUGCCCAACCCUGACUGGGUGCUUUAAGGCUGCUCAAGAGAAUGAGGUCAAAUGGUUAGGCUCUAACUUUUAGCACUGCCUUCAAGUCAAGGGUCUUCAUACCUGGAGAGACUACAGAAUGAAAUUAUUUAUUUUAAACUAAUCAUGUCUAUAUUAUAAUAAAAUAAAUGUCAAUAAAGGGUUGUUGCUUUGACUACAAAAA